CGUUUAUCGUCUUACCGCCUUCGCCUCACAACUUUAUAUUUACUUACUCAGCCCUACUAUCACUAUCAUUCUUAUCCCUCUUCCUUAUUCUUUCACAUAUAUUGUUAUCUAUUUAUCCUCUAUCACUAUGCCAGACAAGAAGGCAGAAGUGCCUCCUAAUGAAUCUGUAACUUACAGCUCGGGGGCUCAUGACGGGCCUCCGGAUUUAAGGCUUGUGCACUAUAAUGACGUCUAUCACGUUGACCAGUCAAGUAGCGAACCGGUAGGAGGUGCCUCACGAUUCAUGACGCUCAUAAAACAUUAUGAAGAAGACGAGAAAUUCAAGGGCCAACCAAAUUUGGUGACUCUGUUCUCCGGGGACGCUUUCAAUCCCAGCUUGGAGAGUUCCGUCACCAAAGGUGACCACAUGGUGCCCCUGUUGAACAACAUAGGGACAGAUGCUGCUGCUCUAGGAAAUCAUGACCUUGAUUUUGGAGUCCGCCAAUUCAAACAUCUCUCUUCCAAGUGCAAAUUCCCAUGGCUCAUCGCGAACGUGUUGGAUCCCGCCUUGGGAGACUCGGUUCCCAUCGGGAAUUGUAAAAAGACGCACUUCAUUACCACUUCUAACGGCAUCAAGAUUGGCUUGAUAGGGCUUGGCGAACGCGAAUGGCUUGCUACCAUUAACAGUCUCCCCCCUGAUCUUGUCUACAAGUCUGCCACUCAGACCGCUAAGGAGCUUGUCCCGCAGCUCCGAGCCGAAGGAGCCGAUAUUGUCAUCGCGUUAACUCACAUGCGAGAACCGAACGACAAUAAGCUUGCCGAGCAAACCGACGGCAUUAUCGAUAUCAUCCUCGGAGGCCAUGACCAUUACUAUAGUCAUAGCGUAAUCAAAGGGACCCAUGUCUUGCGUUCAGGAACGGACUUUAAGCAGCUGAGUUACCUCGAAGCCAGGCGGAAGACCGACGGCUCGGGUCGAUGGGACGUGGAUAUCAUACGGCGGGAUACCACGUCUGCCAUUCCAGAACACGGACCUACCAUUGAGCUAGUCGAGAAGUUGACUUCUAGCCUAAAAGCAACUCUCCAGAAGCCCAUCGGCUAUACGGCCGCACCUCUUGAUGCUAGAUUUAGGACCGUUCGACUGAGGGAAAGUAAUAUCGCCAAUUGGGUGUGCGAUAUCAUGCGACAUUACUACUCUGGAGAUUGUAGCUUGAUGGCUUCGGGCACCGUUCGUGGUGAUCAGGUCUAUCCCCCCGGCCCUGUUCUGCUGAAGGAUAUCAUGAAUUGUUUCCCGUUCGAGGAUCCUGUCGUGGUGAUUAAAGUCACGGGACAAGCUAUAUGGGAUGCCCUGGAGAACGGGUUGUCUCAGUAUCCCGCCCUCGAGGGACGUUUCCCGCAGGUGUCCAACAUCACCUUCAAGUUUGAUGGGGAGAAGCCUAGCGGGUCGCGCAUAGUCUCCGCCACGAUUGGCGGGGAGCCGAUAGAUAUGGCUAGAAAAUAUGUCCUCGUCACGCGAGGUUAUAUGGCCCGCGGAAAAGACGGUUACGAUAGCCUCUUGAUAGAGGAGGAAGGCGGACAGGCGGAAGAAAUCGUGUCCGAAGAGAACGGGAUCCUGAUCUCUAUGAUGCUUCGCCAGUACUUCAUGUCUCUCCGUGUGAUGGGACAAUGGAAAUAUUGGGGGAACAAUAUUGAUCGGCACUGGAACCGCGUCACCAGCAAGGUCAACGAGACCCAUACGCACCACGACCCGGCGAAGAGUCCCGCAAGUCCAAGUACGGGGACGAAGGCUUCGGGCUGGGACAACUGGACGCCGCAAAAGAUCCGGGAGCGGAAGUCGUCGAUAGUCCGGGCCGACGAAUCCGACGACGAAGACAGCGAUAAGAGCUACGACGCGAAGCGAGGACUGAUCCCCGAGAUCGAGGCGAUCGACAAGGAGAUGCAGAUUAUGCGCAGAGUCUUUGCUAAAUGGGCAAGGAUCGCCCGCGUAGAGAGCCGCCUCGGAGAGGAGCUGAAGGACGGCGAGUUUGCGGUCGAUUGGACUAGGGCCAUCGCGCCGAGAGUUGAGGGGCGGAUUAUAUGUGUUGGUGGCGAGCAGAAAUAGGUGGUAUCCCGCAGCUUUCGAUGAUUGCGGAGGAGUACGGAGUACUCAUUACGAAGGUGAUGAUUUGUUAUGAAUUUAUGGUUCUUAAAUGAGUAGAAAAGACACGAUCUAUUAGAGCGGGUUUAUGUCAAUGAUGAGCCUAAUGAGAGCCUGUGCAAGCAGGCAUGUAAGACAGGAAUCGCGUUUCCUUCAUUCGUAUCCUGUAAUCAUGGUUGGCGUCGUAUUUCCAGAUGGUAGCCAUUGUUAUGGUGAAGAUAGAAAGAAAGCUAUGGAUAACUCUAACAGGAG